AUUACGCCGCUGGCUGGCAGCGGCCGGGCGGGUCGGUGCUGGGCCCUACGCACUUUGCGUAGCGGGGGGUUCCAAGGGCCUAGUGCUUGGCCUUGAGUCAGCCGGACCUAUCCCCUGUAGGGGGGUGGUGAGGGGCCAUGGCCGUCCCAGCCAAGAAGAGGAAGAUGAACUUCUCUGAGCGGGAGGUGGAGAUCAUCGUGGAGGAGCUGGAGCUGAAGAAGCACCUGCUGGUGAACCACUUCAACGCCGGGGUCCCUCUGGCCGCCAAGAGCGCGGCCUGGCACGGCAUCCUGAGAAGGGUCAACGCCGUGGCCACCUGCCGCAGGGAGCUGCCAGAGGUCAAGAAGAAGUGGUCCGACCUCAAGACCGAGGUCCGUCGCAAGGUGGCCCAGGUGCGGGCCGCCGUGGAGGGGGGCGAGGCCCCAGGGCCCGCUGAGGAGGAUGGAGCUGGCGGGCCUGGGCCAGGCGGCGGCGGCGGCGGCCCAGCUGUGGCCCCCGUACUGCUGACCCCCAUGCAGCAACGCAUCUGCAACCUGCUGGGCGAGGCCACCAUCAUCAGCCUGCCCAGUGCCACGGAGAUCCACCCUGUGGCCCUCGGACCCACAGCCACUGCAGCUGCAGCCACGGUCACCCUGACACAGAUACCCACAGAGACCACUUAUCACACGCUGGAGGAGGGCGUGGUGGAGUACUGCACAGCCGAGGCCCCCGCGCCUCUGCCGGCCGAGGCCCCCGUGGAGAUGAUGGCCCAGCACGCGGACGCCUCUGUCAAGCCGCAGGCACUCAAGAGCCGCAUCGCCCUCAACUCCGCCAAGCUGAUCCAGGAGCAGCGGGUCACCAACCUGCAUGUGAAGGAGAUCGCCCAGCACCUGGAGCAGCAGAACGACCUGCUACAGAUGAUCCGCCGCUCACAAGAGGUGCAGGCCUGUGCCCAGGAGCGUCAGGCCCAGGCCAUGGAGGGCACCCAGGCCGCCCUGAGUGUCCUCAUCCAGGUGCUCCGGCCCGUGAUCAAGGAUUUCCGCCGCUAUCUGCAGAGCCACACGCCCAGCCCUGCCCCUGCCUCCGAGCCCGGACAGGUGACUCAGAACGGGCAGCCAGAUGGCAUUAUCCAGUGAGGGCGGGGUCGAGCUUACUUCUGCCAUGAUUGGAUGACGGCUCUGGGGUCUU